UGUUUAAAUCUCAUAGGAUUAGCAGUCUUCCAGAAGCUUGGCAAAUUCAGUUUCAAAAAGCCCUAAAGUGACAGUUACAUGCAUUAAUGGCCUAACAUUCAGGCUACUUAAAAGGUGUCUAAAGCCAUCCUGGGAACAUGCCCAGAAUCACCCAAGUCACUCCACCAAUAUUAAUAUAGUAAAUAACUGUACAGAGGAAUCCAUCAAGUUUGUAAAUUGGGUUUAAAUUGUCAUUCAUUAAAACUAUAAGAACAGCACCAGUCUUGUCCCUGAAGCAAAACAGACAUUGGCUUUUGGGUAGCUCAAUUGAUGCAUAGCUUCUAUCAAUUCAAGGAUGUGAAGAAUGCAAAUUAACAUGGCAAUGAAUUACCUUAAGAUGCCAGAGGACUUUGGAACUUGUUUUAAAUUAUUUAUGCUUGAUUAUUUCAUUUUAACUUGUUUUUAUUUCAGAUGUUCACUGAAUUUAGCUAGCCCGUAUGCCUCUACUGAACAGGGAAACUGAGUUAUAAAUUUUAAUACAAAAUAAAUGCAUGUUGAUUUGUUCAUAAAAACCAGCUACAAUGGCUAGUUAAAAGUUGGGCAGAAGCAUUGUUGGGAUUAUGAAAUAAUGAAACUAAAUCUUGUCAGUCGAUUUUAAUUUGCAAAUUUUAAAAAGGCUCAGAAAAGUAAAGAAGCAUCCUCUUUCCACAUAUACACUCCUUCUUGCUUAGUUUGAAAUGCCUUUAAAAAUUGAAUCCCUCCCAGAAAUCUGCAAAAUAACCUCUAAUCACCGGAACAUUACAGAAGAAAUUGGAACUGUUUUUUGGCCAGAUAUUUUUAGUAAAUGCCAUGUUAAGAAGCUUGACUCAAGGCAGACCAAACCCAGUUUUGUUCCAAUCUGUUUGAGGGCGGCGGCGGCAGCAGCAAAAUGCCAUUCCGAGGAAUUUGUCUUCUUGUGUGUGUUCUUUGUGUGACACAAAUAACAGCUCAACAAAACACCAGACUCAAGAAAAAGCCAGAACUAAGAAAAGAUGCUGUAAGCCUCAGAAUGAUUGAAGAUCUUAAAGAACAACUAGAAAAUCUUUCCCAAGAGGUGGCCUUACUAAAGGAAAAGCAAGCACUUCAAACAGUUUGUCUGAAAGGUACAAAGAUCAACCUUAAAUGUGUCCUGGCUUUUUCCCAUGCUAAGACCUAUCAUGAGGCCAAUGAAGAUUGCAUUUCCCAGGGUGGCACCCUCAGUACACCACAGACAGGUGACGAAAAUGAUGCUCUCUAUGACUAUGUGAGGAAGACCCUAGGGAAUGAGGUGGAAAUUUGGCUUGGCAUCAAUGACCUGGCAGUGGAGGGCAAAUGGGUGGACAUGACAAGCAGCAACAUUAGCUAUAACAAUUGGGAAACAGAGAUCACCACCCAACCUGAUGGAGGGAAGCAAGAAAACUGUGUAGCAUUGUCUGCAGUGGCUGUGGGAAAGUGGUUUGACAAGAGGUGCAGGGAUCAGUUGGUCUAUGUAUGCCAGUUCAUGAUUGUUUAAUAGAUUCAUCUCAGGGAAGGUUUAAUCAAUAUAAUCCACUGAUCCCUCGAGUUUUGUGUGUGCAUUUGUGUUUGCUUAAACAUAGAUAUAUAGAUAUUUAUGACGAGACAUAUACAUUUGUAUACACAUUUAACAGAAAAAGUAAUGGCAAUGGAUUAGAAGGAAUUAGAUCUUUGCUGCACUAUAAUUGGUUAUAAGCUACAUCCUAUUUGUUAGAAGCAACAUUAUAUUUACUUAGCUACAAGUCAUAAAUAUCUAUAUUUUUACAUUUAGAAUUUAUUACAAAGACUUUACCUUUGGCAACAUUCAGUCUCUGCCAAAGUUUCAAUUUAUUGUUGCAUGCAAUUUUCCUGCAGUCUUCUUUCUUCUCCUGUUAAUCACAUCAAAAAGUGGCUUUUGUUAAACUGUCCCUAUUCGUUGAACUAAACAGUUAAAUUGUCCAUCUGAAGAUGAAAAUGUUUUUAGCAUCCCUCCUUUCAUUUCAGCUCUGAACUCAAAAGUAACCAGAGCUUCCUUAAUUUAUUCUAUGUGAACAAUAAGAGAAGAAGCAAUGAGGAAACUAACAAAAAUGUUUUACGUAUUUUGCUAAAAUAUAUGUUAAUAAAUUGCUUGGCAGUAUUUCUUCUACAAUUUCCUUCUGGGCAUAUCUAAAUUAAAAAUAUUAGGUAAAAUGAAGAAAAAGUAAAGUAGAGGAAGAACUGACCUACUGCUGCAAAAAAUUAUACCAAUGCUUGGAAAGGAAAGUCAAAGAUUUCAGGAGGUGGUUGCAGCACCAGUCUUCACCCAGGUAACAUGAUCAUUGGGGCAGGAAAGUAUUUCUUCAAAGACUCCCAUACAAACAUUAGGGAGUCAGUCAUUAACUUGAUUCUGACUGUUGUUCUUGAUAAUUGCAUUUUCUUAUUUACAUGUAGAAUUUAUUUCCAUUCACAAAGGAGAACUUUUUUCAUCUGUUGAAAAGUAUGUGAAUGAGUUUCCCAUUUACCUGAAUAAAGAGGACAUCUAUUGGCAAAAGUAUAAUGUGUCAAGGCUGCCUCUGUUCAAUUCUUAGGAAAGAAAAAUCUCUGGCUUCAUAGAUUUAGAGAAAAGUAUUUUUACUAGGAACAAAUGGAAUUCAACAAGCUCUGAGGCCCAGAGCUGGAUCAGCACAGAUACAGAUACAAUAUGCAGCCGAGCCCCCUUGUAGUUAGGCAACCGGAGGCCACUACAUACCAGAGCAAAAUGAAAUGGCCUUGAAAGUAAAAAGUUGCAAAGCUGUAAUGUAGUUCUUUCCCCCCACUCCCUAUUUUAUGGCAGCAAGUAUCCAGCUAACUGACAUUCACUCCCCCUCCACCCCUCCAUCCCCACACCCACCCCGGUAAAAGAGGCAUUAGCCAUACAAAUUUAUACAGUUACAAUGUACAACCAAAUCUCAGCCAGCAAAUUGGAAAAAAAGUAUCUGAACACUAAAUACAAGCUUGAUGGACAUUACUUGUAGAUGACCCCCACCCUGUUAAAGACCUUGGAGUUUUCAUAUCAAAUGAUCUAAGUGCCAAAGCUCACUGCAACUACAUCGCAAAAAAGGCUUUAAGAGUUGUAAACUUAAUCUUGUGUAGCUUCUUCUCCAGAAACACUACACUACUAACCAGAGCAUAUAAAACAUUUGCUAGACCAAUUCUUGAAUACAGCUCACCUGUCUGGAACCCAUACCUCAUUUCGGACAUUAAUACAAUUGAGCGUGUCCAGAAAUAUUUUAUAAGAAGAGUUCUCCACUCCUCUGAUUACAACAAAAUACCUUAUGCCACCAGACUUGAAAUCCUGGGUUUAGAAAAUUUAGAACUCCACCGCCUUUAACAUGACCUGAGUUUAACUCAUAGAAUCAUCUGUUACAACGUCCUUCCUGUUUAAGAUUACUUCAGCUUCAAUCACAACAAUACACGAGCACACAAUAGAUUUAAGCUUUUAAACCACUCCAAUCUUGAUUGCAGAAAAUAUGAGUUCAGUAACAGAAUUGUUAAAGCCUGGAAUGCACUACCAGACUCUGUUGUCUCUUCCCAAAAUCCCCAAAGCUUUAACCAAAAACUAUCUACUAUUGACCUCACCCCAUUCCUAAGAGGCAUGGGGUGAGAUAAGGGGCAUGCAUAAGAGCACCAAUGUGCCUACCGUUCCUGUCCUAAUGUUCCCUUUGAUUGUAUCCAAUUUCAUAUAGCUCAUAUAGUUAUUACAUACUUAUGAUUAUAUUUAUGCUAUAAAUAUAUGGCUAUGGAUGGCUAUGAUCAGGAAGACAUUCGCUCAGCUUCACACUCAGGUUAGUGUGCCUGUUGUGACUUUACUAGGACAGGAAGAAUUGAAAAUGGUCACUGUGUGAACUUGGAUCUUUUGCAUGGAUUUUGGUAAUUGUUUUACAUGGGGUUCCUUUUGAAGACUGUAACCUCAAGGAUUAAAAUGCAAAUAUCUUCAGAGACUGAAUAAUGAUGAGAGGUGUAUGAAAUGUUUCAUGAAUCAUAUGUUUUUCUUUGUAUUAAAUUAUUCCUGUACAUAAUAAAUUAUUGUUGUA